GAGCCACAUAAACAAAGGCACAUUGGCGGCCAGGGCCAGUCCGCCCGGUGGCUCGCGCUAGGCUCCGCGGUCCCGCUCGCCUGUCCAGCCGGCCGCCUUCCCCUGCUCCCUCCCCGCUCUCGGCGCCGCGAGUCCCUUCGCCCCUCUCGCCCACCCCUCCCCGACCCUGCCACCCAGACUCCCUGAGGGAACUACACUUCGGCCGAGUUGAAUGAAUGAAGAGAGACACAGAGAACUCCUAAGUGAGUAGGGAGGAGAUCUGACAGGCUGGGCUCUCCACUGCUCUUCUAAAAAUCUUGGAAACUUUGUCCUUCACUGAAUUACGACACUGUCCACCUUUAAUUUUCUCCAAAACGCCUGUAACUCGGCUGAAGCCAUGCCUUGUGUUCAGGCGCAGUAUGGGUCCUCGCCUCAAGGAGCCAGCCCCGCUUCUCAGAGCUACAGUUACCACUCUUCGGGAGAAUACAGCUCCGAUUUCUUAACUCCAGAGUUUGUCAAGUUUAGCAUGGACCUCACCAACACUGAAAUCACUGCCACCACUUCUCUCCCCAGCUUCAGUACCUUUAUGGACAACUACAGCACAGGCUACGACGUCAAGCCACCUUGCUUGUACCAAAUGCCCCUGUCCGGACAGCAGUCCUCCAUUAAGGUAGAAGACAUUCAGAUGCACAACUACCAGCAACACAGCCACCUGCCCCCCCAGUCCGAGGAGAUGAUGCCGCACUCCGGGUCGGUUUACUACAAGCCCUCCUCGCCCCCGACGCCCACCACCCCGGGCUUCCAGGUGCAGCACAGCCCCAUGUGGGACGACCCAGGCUCCCUCCACAACUUCCACCAGAACUACGUGGCCACCACCCACAUGAUCGAACAGAGGAAAACGCCGGUCUCCCGCCUCUCCCUCUUCUCCUUUAAGCAGUCGCCCCCCGGCACCCCCGUGUCUAGCUGCCAGAUGCGCUUCGACGGGCCCCUGCACGUCCCCAUGAACCCGGAGCCGGCGGGCAGCCACCACGUGGUGGACGGGCAGACCUUCGCCGUGCCCAACCCCAUCCGAAAGCCCGCGUCCAUGGGCUUCCCUGGCCUGCAGAUCGGCCACGCGUCGCAGCUGCUCGACACGCAGGUGCCCUCCCCGCCGUCGCGGGGCUCCCCCUCCAACGAAGGGCUGUGCGCUGUGUGCGGCGACAACGCGGCCUGCCAGCACUACGGCGUGCGCACCUGUGAGGGCUGCAAAGGGUUCUUUAAGCGCACGGUGCAAAAAAACGCGAAAUACGUGUGUUUAGCAAAUAAAAACUGCCCAGUGGACAAGCGGCGCAGGAAUCGCUGUCAGUACUGCCGGUUUCAGAAGUGCCUGGCUGUUGGGAUGGUCAAAGAAGUGGUUCGCACCGACAGUUUAAAAGGCCGGAGAGGUCGUUUACCUUCCAAACCGAAGAGCCCACAGGAGCCCUCUCCCCCUUCGCCCCCGGUGAGUCUGAUCAGUGCCCUCGUCAGGGCCCAUGUCGACUCCAACCCGGCUAUGACCAGCCUGGACUAUUCCAGGUUCCAGGCGAACCCUGACUAUCAGAUGAGUGGAGAUGACACCCAGCAUAUCCAGCAAUUCUAUGAUCUCCUGACUGGCUCCAUGGAGAUCAUCAGGGGCUGGGCGGAGAAGAUCCCGGGCUUCGCUGACCUGCCCAAAGCCGACCAGGACCUGCUUUUCGAAUCGGCUUUCUUAGAACUAUUUGUGCUGAGAUUAGCCUACAGGUCCAACCCAGUGGAGGGUAAACUCAUCUUUUGCAAUGGGGUGGUCUUGCACAGGUUGCAAUGUGUUCGUGGCUUUGGGGAAUGGAUUGAUUCCAUUGUUGAAUUCUCCUCCAACUUGCAGAAUAUGAACAUCGACAUUUCUGCCUUCUCCUGCAUUGCUGCCCUGGCUAUGGUCACAGAGAGACACGGUCUCAAGGAACCCAAGAGAGUGGAGGAGCUGCAAAACAAGAUUGUAAAUUGUCUCAAAGACCAUGUGACUUUCAAUAAUGGGGGCUUGAACCGCCCCAACUAUUUAUCCAAACUGUUGGGGAAGCUCCCAGAACUCCGUACACUUUGCACACAGGGGCUACAGCGCAUUUUCUACCUGAAACUGGAAGAUUUGGUACCACCACCAGCAAUAAUUGACAAACUUUUCCUGGACACUUUACCUUUCUAAGACCUCCUUCCAUGCACUUCAGAGAAACUGGAAAGAAACCUAAAACUGUCCAGAGGGGGCAAGUGACAAGGGCAGAGAGAUCCCCCUGAGCUGUCUCAGCUCUAGUCAGCCCCCUCCCCUUCCAUACACCCUGACCCUUGAUCCCUAAAGAAAAAAAAAAACAGAAACAAACAAAAAAACAAAAACUGUUGCUAUUUCCUAACCUGCAGGCAGAACCUGAAAGGGCAUUUUGGCUCCGGGGGCAUCUUGGAUUUAGAACAUGGACUACACACAGUACUGUGGUAUAAACUUUUUAUUAUCAGUUUAAAAAUCAUUUUAUUGUUCAGAAGGAAGAUUGCUAAUGUAUGACGGAAAACAUUUGGCCACGUUUGGUUGUUGCAGUUAAAAUAAAUGUAAUACACACACACACACACACACACACACACACACACACAUUGUAAGGGGACCCACAAGUAUUGCCCUUUAAAGACUUCAAAAUUUUCUGCUGUAAAGAAAGCUGUAAUAUAUAGUAAAACUAAAUGUUACGUGGGUGGCAUGAGUUGAAGAAGGCAAAGGCUUGUAAAUUUAUCCAAUGCAGUUUGGCUUUUUAAAUUAUUUUGUGCCUAUUUAUGAAUAAAUAUUACAAAUUCUAAAAGAUAAGUGUGUUUGCAAAAAAAAAAAAAAAGAAAUAACUACACAAAAAAGGGACAAGCAUGUUGAUUCUAGAUUGAAAAUGUUAUAGGCACUUGCUACUUCAGUAAUGUCUAUAUUAUAUAAAUAGUAUUUCAGACACUAUGUAGUCUGUUAGAUUUUAUAAAGAUUGGUAGUUAUCUGAGCUUAAACAUUUUCUCAAUUGUAAAAUAGGUGGGCACAAGUAUUAUACAUCAGAAAAUCCUGACAAAAGGGACACAUAGUGUUUGUAACACCGUCCAACAUUCCUUGUUUGUAAGUGUUGUAUGUACCGUUGAUGUUGAUAAAAGAAAGUUUAUAUCUGGAUUAUUUUGUUGUCUAAAGCUAAACAAAACUUGCAUGCAGCAGCUUUUGACCGUUUCCAGAGUGCUUAUAAUAUACAUAACUCCCUGGAAAUUACUGAGCACUUUGAAUUUUUUUUUAACGUCUAAGAUUGUCAGUUAAUAUAUUAUUUUAUGUUUGAGUAAGAAUUUUAAUAUUGCCAUAUUCUGUAGUAUUUUUCUUUGUAUAUUUCCAGUAUGGCACAUGAUAUGAAUCACUGCCUUUUUUUCUAUGGUGUAUGACAGUUAGAGAUGCUGAUUUUUUUUUCCUGAUAAAUUCUUUCUCUGAGAAAGACAAUUUUAAUGUUUACAACAAUAAACUAUGUAAAUGA